AUGGAGCGGAGCGGCAGCACCGAGAGCGGCUCCGGGAUCACCGGGAUCAUCGGGAUCACCGGGAAUACCGGGAGCGGGCGGGCAGCGCCGCCUGGCGGCCCGCGGGGGGCACUGCUGCCCGCGCUCUGCCUGCUCCUGGCGCUGCUCCCGCUGCCCCCGGCCCGGGCACUGCCCACCCCAUCCCGGGCACUGCCCACCCCCGAGGCGCUGAACCGCUCCAGGGAGCUGCUGGAGGCCGCCGACACCUCCCUCCAAAGGCUGAAGGAACUCGACACCCUGGGAUUUGAAUGUACCCUCGAAGAGGUUGAUCCUGAAGAUAUCACUAAGAACCAAACAAACACAAUAAAAGCUUGCACAUCUGAAGGUCUAGAGACUGGGAACUGUCCAGCACUGGAAGGAUCAACUUUUGAUAAGAGGAAAUGCCUGCAGGGCAUCUACGAGGAUCUGAGUGCUUACAGGGCAGAGCUCAACAACUUCCACGAUCACCAAGUGCUGGCAAGUCUUGAUGAGAUGAUGAAAGUGAGUAUUUUCUGCCUCCUCCCUCUCCUCAGAGACCUCAAAAAUCGAGUAAAUACAGCCCUGAACAGCAGCCGGAAGGUUCCGGAGCCGCCGGCGGGAGCGGGACUGGAGUCAUUCCCAGCGAGGCUGCGGCUGUGCCGGGUGCUCCAGGCCCUCCGGAUCCGCUCCCUCACCAUCUCCAGGAUGAUGAACUUCCUGAGCUCCCCGGAGAGCUCCCUGUGAGCGCCCUCGGCAGAUCCACCCAAACCUGAGGAUUCC